AUGACGGCCGACGCACAAAACUUAACAGCAGAUCUCAACAUACCGUUCCAGAAGGUACUUUCAUCACAGGGUUGGAUUCCCGAAACGCACCUACACAUCCUCACCACGGUGCUCGCCCUCGCCCUCCCUGUCAUAGCGGCCCUCUACGUACACAAGGACUACCAUGCUUUCCUAUCACUUGGGCCUGGAGGGACUCCAGCAACACCACGGGGCUAUCUAAAGAUUAAGAUCUUGUCCAUGGUCUCCAUCAAAGACACGUCUCAGCCCAUUCCCAUUCCACCCCAUUUCCGGCCGUUAAAAGGCUACUUCGAUGAAGACACGAUACCACGUCGUAUUGGCUCAAGACCCGAAAUCGCAGGCAUUGCGCCACAGAGACAGCAAAUGCAGAAGAGCGGUGAACGCCUCUAUAGUCUUUUGGCGGAUAGAAUCAAGGCAUUGACCGAAGACCCGCAGAACAGGUUGGUGGAAUCGACGAGCUGCUUCGAGAAGCAUAGUUCGGGACUCUUUGCAACGGUCCCAAUUACAGGAACAUGUGGUGGGGAGAUCAUGCAUGCGCACCCAUCCGAUGGUUCUAUGCACAUGGUGAUGCACCCUGCAGAUGCAAAUCUCUUGAUUGCUCGUGGCUGGGCUGAGCGGCAUCCAUUGGCAAAGGGUGGAUGGUUCAGACAGUUUGUGCCCCGCGAGUUUGUGCUGGUGUACGCGCCAAGGAACGAGGAGGAAAUCGAUAUCAUUGAAAAGGCUAUUGCUGCGGCGGUCUGGUGGGUCAGCGGUAUGGAUAUCCAUGGUGAUGCUGAGGGUCCCAGGAGGAAGAGUGCUGACUUUGGAACAAUGGCGAGGGAGAGGCAAGCAAACGAGUGCUGGACUUGUAAAAUGAAGGGAUGCGGGGUCAACACAGUAGAGAAGAUGGCGGGCUAA